CGGAAGAUGCUUUGGAUGAACCUCAUCCAGAGAAUAAUUUUUCUUUCUCUUACGGGACCAGGAAUUUUGGGGAACAUCCUCAUAUUCAUAAGACAUGCAUAUGUUUUUGCUUUGAUUCCUAAGAAAAAUACCAUAGAUUUUAUCAUCAUUCACCUGGCUUUUUCAAAUGCAAUCAUUAUUGGUACCACCAGAAUCAGAGAUAUCUCCACAGUUUUCUACUUCAGAAACUUCCUUGGUAGUGUUGGCUGUAAAACUGUGGUUUACCUGGGAAGGGUGGCCCGGGGCCUUUCCAUCUGCACCUCCUGUCUCCUAAGCAUCGUCCAGGCCGUCACUAUCAGCCCCAGGACCAACCUGUGGGGACAGCUCAAACCACAGACCACAUGGCAAGUUCUUCCCUAUUUCUUCCUGUUUUGGAUCAUUAAUUUUCUGACAAGCUCCAACUUGCUGCACUCCAUCACAGCAGUCAGCAGCAUGAACAGAUCUGUGAUUGGAACGUAUGCUGGGUAUUGUUAUUUGCUGCCAUCCAGGCAAAUCAUCAGCUGGCUUUUCCUUUCUCUCAUGGCUCUUCGGGACGUCAUCUUCCAGAGUCUCAUGGGCUGGAGCAGUGGGCACAUGGCUUUCCGUCUGUAUGAGCAUCACAAGCAUGUGCUCUACCUGCACAGCUCCAGGUUGGCAAAGAAUUCCAGCCCAGAAAUUAGAGCUAUGCUAAGCACUCUCAUUCUCAUGACCUGCUUCCUUUUCUUUUUUUGGACAGGUUUCAUUUUUUCCUUAUACAUAGGUUCCACUGUGAUGAAUGAAAUCACACUACUUUAUAUUAAACUGUUUCUAGAACUUGGUUACGCAUCUCUUAGCCCCUUUGUCCUGAUGAGCAGGGACGUUCGUGUCACUAAACCGUGGCCGCUCAACGAGAGGUGCACCCGACUCCAUUGUGCUCAGUUCCUGCAUGAACUCAGGAUCAGUGCGUUAGAAAUCGAUUAG